AUGAAUAGCUCUGUCCCUCCUACAGAUUCUACGGUUGCUUCUUCCUCUAAUGCUACAGUUUCUUCUGUGAUGGUUAUUGACUGUGAACCCCCUACCAUCCCUCCUCCUCUCCCUUCCCUCAAUACUCAGCCUACCCUCCUAGCUACCAACCUUCCUCCUGUGAUUUUGUCUCCCCCUGUUGUCCUCUCUCCCAUUGUUCCCUUCAAUCCUUCUAGCCCUCCUGACUCUUUUUUUGCACCCUCUCAAAAAAGACCCCGUCCUGACACAUCUAAUCCUAUCUUCCCCUCCUUUUCAGCCCAACUUUCUUUCUUUGCCCACCCUUCAACUACCAAAGCACUUUCUUUCUCUAAUCAUCCUCCUUUGACUUUAGAUUCUUCACCAAACCCUUUUUCUGUUUUGGACCCGGAUGGUUCUCUUCAUCAUGAAGAGACCAUUGACUAA